AGACGUGAGGGGUACAUAAGACCAUGCACCCUGGUCAGUCUCCAGCAGACGGCAGCAGCAGCUGUACUCUCGACUAAACGGCACUCGAGUUCUCCCCACUACAACACAUCGCCAAGAUGAGUUAUUGGGAUAAUCCAUCCGACUACGCGAGCGGCGGCCCGUCCACCAACCCUUAUGGAAACUACACGGUCGUUGACUCGGCUGCCCCGGAAAUCCUCCACAUGGUGGAUCCUCAUUGGUACCAGUACCCUCCCAUGAACCCCCUCUGGUAUGGCCUGCUCGCACUAUGGAUGUUUGUUAUGGGCACCCUGUCUGUCUGCGGCAACAGUAUCGUCAUCUGGGUCUUCAUGACCACUAAGGCCCUCCGUACUCCAGCCAACCUACUCGUCGUCAACUUGGCCAUUUCCGAUUUCUUCAUGAUGUUCUGCAUGUGCCCACCCUUGCUCAUUAAUUGCUAUUAUCAGACAUGGGUUUGGGGUGCAUUUGCAUGCGAAGUUUAUGGGUGCAUUGGUUCCACUGUUGGCACCUGUUCUAUCUUCUGCAUGGUCUUCAUCACAUUGGACCGCUAUAAUGUCAUCGUCAAGGGCGUCUCUGCUACUCCUCUUACCACUAAUGGAGCCAUGCUGAGAAACCUCUUCAGUUGGGUAACGUCCAUUGGCUGGUGCUUGCCACCAUUUUUUGGCUUUAAUGCUUACGUCCCCGAAGGCAACUUGAUUGCUUGCGGCACUGACUAUCUCAAAGAGUCACUCCCUUAUCACCUGUACCUUUACUUAUAUUCCGUAUGGUGUUACUUCCUUCCUCUCGUUAUCAUCGUUUAUUGCUACACCUACAUCGUCGCAGCUGUCUCUGCUCACGAAAGACAGAUGCGUGAACAGGCUAAGAAGAUGGGUGUCAAGUCUCUCAGGAGUGAAGAAACAAAGAAGACCUCUAAUGAGUGCCGUCUGGCCAAGGUUGCUCUGACGACAGUGUCCCUGUGGUUCAUCGCGUGGACCCCAUACCUUAUCAUCAACUGGGCUGGCAUGAUCAACAAGCCUUCUGUGAGUCCUCUCCUAACCAUCUGGGGAUCCGUCUUCGCUAAGGCUAACGCCGUCUACAACCCCAUUGUGUACGCCAUCAGCCACCCUAAGUACCGAGCUGCCCUGGAGAAGAAGCUGCCCUGCUUGUCCUGCGCAACGGAAGGUCGUGAGUCUCAGGAAGACACAACUUCCACUGCCACUACGAACGAAAAGUCAGAAAGUGCUUAAGAGACCUUCGGUUUUUCAAACGAACGUUAUGAUACGAUUUAUGAAUCCUUAAUUCUUACAGCUGUAUGUACCUUUUAAAAUAUCCAAGCAAUUAAAGAA